AGUCUACGGCCGUGAGUCUAGAAGUUUGCUGGUGGUAGAGAGAGACGGUGUCAUUAAAUUGCCCCCGACGACAUUACUCCUCUGUCACCGUCGCCGCCGCCGAUCGAUAUAGAUCGAGAGAGAGACAAGGGGAAGAGAAACCGAACAGUUUUGUCUGAGUCGAUUUGGGUUAGAGAGAGACAGAGAGAGAGAGAUGGCUAUGUCUCAGGUGGUGAACACGUACCCGCUUUCGAACUACAGUUUCGGAACUAAGGAACCUAAGCUGGAGAAGGACACUUCCGUCGCCGACCGACUCGCUCGUAUGAAAAUCAACUAUAUGAAGGAAGGCAUGAGGACUAGCGUUGAAGGGAUUCUGUUGGUACAAGAACACAACCAUCCUCAUAUACUUCUCCUGCAAAUUGGUAACACAUUCUGCAAACUUCCAGGUGGACGCCUGAAGCCUGGAGAAAAUGAAGUUGAUGGCCUGAAAAGAAAGUUGACCAGUAAGCUUGGAGGCAAUUCGGCUGCACUUGUACCUGACUGGAAGGUAGGAGAAUGUGUUGCGACAUGGUGGCGUCCAAACUUUGAAACCAUGAUGUACCCGUAUUGCCCUCCUCACAUUACGAAACCAAAGGAAUGCAAGAGACUCUACAUUGUUCACUUGUCUGAGAAAGAGUACUUUGCUGUGCCCAAAAACUUGAAACUCUUGGCCGUCCCUUUGUUUGAGCUCUAUGACAAUGUUCAGAGAUACGGACCGGUUAUAUCAACCAUUCCCCAACAGCUAUCCAGAUUCCAUUUCAACAUGAUUAGUUCGUGAUUCUGCUCGGUGUGUUGAAGAAGAAGAAAGGUAUCAGAUGCUAAGUUACUUAUUAGGUACGGUAGAGAGCUGUAGCUACCGGUUUAGAGAUGUGAUUUUCGGAUGAUGCGUGUGGGAUUAUUUACAUUAUAGACAUGUUGGAUUUGAUUAUGUAUAACUGGUUCAAAGUUUCAGCACCAAAAAAAAAAAGAAAAGAAGAUUAUUGUAUCUCGUUUCUUGAA